GCCCCUGCCUCCUAUUGGCCUAGUUAGGGGAGGGGGCGACUCACCCCGUCUUCGGAUUGGCUGUUGGUGGCCGUGGCGACUCUAUCGGGGGUGUGGGUGCAGGUGCCCCAGUGGACCCUGUGAGGGGCCGUGGUGCGCUGCGUUCUGCCCGUUCCACCCUCAUGAGGGUCUCUUGCCCCAGCGGGCCUGUUGGGCAUCUGUAUGGCCCCAGCAGGCCAAGGCUCCUGGCUGGGUGGCCCUGAGACUUGGUCUUGAGGAAAGUUAGGCCCUUCCCCGCUGCCCUGAGGGAGUUCCAUUCACGAAGGCCCUGGUGCGAGUAGCAGCAGUUGAGGCAGGUGGAAGCUGUGGGGUUCACGGGUCUCCUGACAGUGGUCUUGGUGCCAAAAAGCCGGUUCCUGUGGUCUUGGUAUGGUGGAUACUUGAUCUGGUGGCUCUCUUGCUUUGUGGGUGUUAGUGUUGAGUUGUCCUGUUUCCCCUCCUGUGUCCCAGUUCAUUAAAAGUGAGUUUACGUGAAUUUGUUAAAUAGUUGAGUUGGAAUGGAAGAACGAGGUCCUGAUGCUGUGCGUGUCAGAAUUACUCAUCCUGAAGGGAUAAUUCACAUUUUUUAGGGUUAUUUCCCUGUACAAGAGCUAUGUGUGGUCACCUUUUACCUCUCAGCUGGACAUUGCAGAGCCUCAGGAGGGCUCUUACAGGAUCCCUAAAUUGCAAUUUAAACUUGCUUUAGGCUUCUGACAGUAGUCAUAGUCCUGACAGUGAAAUGAAGGGUCUGUAUUUGUGAUGCACUUUUUUUGUACCUCAGCAUCCUAUCUAGUGUAUCACUAUAUGGUUAUAUAUUUAUGGUUCUUACAGGCCUUUAAAGAAUGAUCAAAGUGCCAAGCUGGGUGUGUGAAAUACCUAUCAAUGUUUCCCUGUGAGUUUCAAUGGAAAUAGAGACUAUACUGAACUUUUGCUUUCUUCUGUCAGAUUUUUAAUAAUUUAGUUUUUUCUUUCUUAUAGUUCAGUUAGAAGAUGAGAUGCUAAUGAAUCACCAACUGAUUUCACAAGAGGGUUCUUUGCAUCUUUUGUGGAUACAAUAAAAUAAUUGGCAGUCUUGAGCCUUCUAAUGCCUUCAUUUCUAGAAAAACUAAUACAGGAGUGUGUAUUGCUCUAGUCUGUCCUUAAAUGGAAAACUUCUCUCUGAAAUUGUGAUGGCUUUUGACAUAUUUGCUUCAUGGAUGCUUCUCUUGUGCAAAAAGAGACAGCUUUAUUAUCUUUUUUAUAAGAUAAAAUAUCAGAGUAGUUGUUAUUAUUGUUAUCUGAUAGAAUAAUUGACAAUUUGAUUUUAGAGAGAAAUGGGUCUGUGGUAUUGUCUGCUCUCCUCUGGCACCCUUAGUCCUAUCCUUUGCAGAAAAUCCUUGGAUGAGCUCUCCUGGGGUAAACUGCUCUGCAGUGAGCAGCCGUUCCCAGUGUGGUCCUGGCCACCUGCGCUGCUGGCAGCUAUGUGCACUGAAUUCUAAUGGACUUCUAAGUGUAUCUGAUUAAGUGGGUUGGUUUUGUAUGCUGAAUUUUGUUUGGACCUGACCGUGAGAUUGGGUCUGUCACUUUUAUCUCCUGCUAGUCAAACAUGCAGUUGUUGUAUUGUAGCCCUGAAAUGGCUCUAUAUGUCAGUGCCCACCUGUUUGAAGGAGCAGAUAGUCCAUUGGUUCUUUGGGGUAGUGCAAAGCAGCAGCUAUUCUGAAGGAGCUAUCUCAUGUAUGUGUUUUUAUGCACAGAAACAAAGUAGGUUUAUUUUUUUGAAUUUUAUGACAGGUGAUUUAAAUUUUAAGGAGAGGUGCAGGGAGGUGGGAGAAGGAGAGAGGAAGCACCACCCACUUGUAGGAAAGGAAAGAAUCCCCUUCAACUGACAACUCUUUUGGAAAGAGUUUACUGGAGGAGAAGGGAUGGAAGACAAAAAAUUGUCAGGAAGAAGCUGGAGGGGAAUGGUUUAUUUUCUUUCAGUAACCCCUAAUAGAGCCAUCUUGAAGGUUGUGUGGGCAGAACUGUAGAAGACACUGAUACAGACAUUUAUCUUCCUUUUGUGUUGUCCUAUACUUUAAAUGCAUGUAUUCCAUUUCCUUGCUUUAUCAGACUUCUCUCUUUGUGAUUUAUAAUCCAAGUCCUUUAGGAAGGCACGGUCAUUGUCUCGAGCAGCUGGAGCCCAAAAGCUGUAGUAUGUGAUUCAACAACCAUGAUAUCACAGGGACCUCAGAGGAUGAAACAUUGGGAAGACAAGAACAUGAGGAACAUGGCCAGAGAUUCAGGAAGCUGAGAGUGGGAGGAAGAAAUCAGUUGCUGGAGUGGCUAUGUAGAUGUUGAGCAAAUGGGAAGAGAGGUGACUAAAGAAGAGAUUUGCAUAUGUAGAAAGUAAUGAAGUUGAGUCUUUGCCCUCUGAGAGAGAGGACAGUGUGAGAAAUACUUUAUUAUACAAAAAUUAGGACUCAAGAGAGAUGUCCUUGGAGCAUCUCUGAGUAGGUGUCUAAACACAGCCUAGGUAGCUCCCAGGAGGACAUUAACCUGUGCUCAGGCUGGAUUCUCUCCUGUGUUCUCUGUUAGAAAUGGAUCUUCAGCUACUUACCCGAUAAGUUCUGAGAGAAUAGUUACAUCAGGCUGUUGUGCUGUCCCCUUCAGUGCCUGGGCACUGUCCCUUUAGGAAAAGGGCUGGAACUGCCAUGUCGAGCAGUCUGGCCUUGGUCUAAGAGAUCUUUUCCAGCUCAUUGUUGCUUUGAUGAUGGAUGUGCCAUAAGGAGAUAGACUCAUUAUGUACGAUGGCAGCAAAGAGUAAGUUGGUGUUUGGCUGAGCUCUUCUAUUUAUUAUAUGACAAAAUAAAUUGAAGCCAGUUUUCCCUUUGUGGAGAUAAAUAAUUCUCGCUGUCCCAGCCCUAGUGUGAUUUCCAUUUUUAUCUCUCCAGUAAAACAUAAAAAAUGUGGUUUUACGUGACCUGAUUGAUACCGUUCACACAAAAUGCACCAGGACCAGAGCUCCUUGAAACAGCAUGUGCCUGUGAUGGAUGGGAAUGCAGAAGAGGUGACAACAGUCCUCCUCAAUGAGCCAUGUUGCUGAAGAUCACCUUGAAGCAGAAACACAAUGAACAGAUGAAUCCCUUCAGCCAGAUAUUACUCCAGUAGGUCUCCUUCUCCUCAUGGAGCACACAGGCAGGGAGGAGAUGGACUUGAAAGAGGAAAGUCCUCAGGUGUGGACUGAGUCUGCAGGACAGGAACAGCACACUGCUCAGGUGCACUUUGUCCCCGAGGGGGGAGCGGUGGCCCAGAUCAUGUACAGUGACGAGCAGGAGCGCGGCCCUGCCCAGCAGGUGGUUUACACGGCUGACGGCACCUCCUACACCUCUGUGGACACCUCGGAGCACACCCUGGUUUACAUCCACCCCGUGGAAGCUACGCAGACUCUGUUUACAGAUCCGUCCCAAGUGGCUUACGUCCAACAGGAUGCUACCACCCAGCAGGUAACGGUGCUCUUGCCUGCUGCUGCUCAGAGCAUGAAUCCCACCAACCUGUCUGUGCUCGGCAGCGUUGCUGAUCCCCCCCAGCCAGUGGCUCUGGAGCAGGGGCCACAAGCAGAUAGAGCAUCAUUACCGGUGCAUAACCAAGUGUUACCUCCUAUGGAGGCUGUGGAUGGUUCUGAUUCUUUAGCACCUCUGCAGAAUCAAAUGGAAAGGAUAGAAACAAAAGAGGAAGAUGAUGAGGAUGAAGAUGAGGAUGAAGAUGGGGAAGACACUGACAUGGAUGAGUGGGAUCCAGAUCCACCUCGACCCUUUGAUCCCAAUGAUUUGUGGUGUGAAGAGUGUAAUAACGCACAUCCCUCAGUGUGUCCAAAACAUGGACCUUUGCAUCCCAUCCCAAACCGGCCUGUGCUGACCAGGGCGAGGGCCAGCCUUCCCCUGGUGCUCUAUAUAGACAGGUUUUUGGGAGGUGUGUUCUCCAAAAGGCGCAUCCCAAAGCGAACACAGUUUGGGCCUGUGGAAGGACCUCUGGUCAGACAGACUGAGCUCAAAGACUGCUAUAUCCAUUUGAAGGUUUCUCUUGAUAAGGGUGACAGAAAAGACAGAGACUUGCAAGAGGACUUGUGGUUUGAGCUGUCCAGUGAGGCUCUGUGUAACUGGAUGAUGUUUGUGCGUCCAGCUCAAAAUCACCUGGAGCAGAACCUAGUGGCCUAUCAGUAUGGCCACCACAUUUAUUACACCACCAUUAAAAAUGUGGAACCCAAGCAGGAACUCAAGGUGUGGUAUGCUGCCUCCUAUGCUGAGUUUGUGAACCAGAAGAUCCAUGACAUAACUGAGGAGGAAAGGAAGGUGCUCAGGGAGCAGGAAAAGAACUGGCCAUGUUACGAGUGCAAUCGGCGUUUCAUGAGCUCAGAGCAGCUCCAGCAGCACCUCAACUCCCAUGACGAGAAGCUGGACUUCUUCAGCAGAACCAGAGGCCGAGGUCGUGGGCGAGGAAAGAGAAGAUUUGGACCAGGCAGACGCCCUGGGCGCCCUCCCAAAUUUAUGCACAUAGAAGUAACCAGUGAAAAUGGUGAAAAGUGUGAAGAAGGAACACAGGACUUGCUGCAUUUUUCCAGCAAGGGGCAGUUUGAUGAGGCCGGACAAGCCCCACUGAAUGGGCUGGAGCAGCAGGAACAGACUCCGGUGCCAACAGAGCCACAGGGAGCGCUGGAGCAGCAGGAAAACCACGUGCUCCAUGUACAGCCACAGCACGAGGUGAACACGGUGUCCACACAGAGCUCCGUGACAGCAGAUGACAUGAGGCGAGCAAAGCGCAUCAGGAAUGCAGCUCUGCAGCACCUGUUCAUCCGGAAAUCCUUCCGCCCGUUCAAAUGCCUGCAGUGUGGGAAGGCCUUCCGGGAGAAGGACAAGCUGGACCAGCACUUGCGGUUCCAUGGGCGGGAAGGGAACUGCCCUUUGACCUGUGACAUCUGCAACAAGGGCUUCAUCAACAGCGGUGCCCUUGAGAGCCACAUGAAGUUCCACAUGGACCAGAAAACGUACUCCUGCAUUUUCUGCCCUGAGUCCUUUGACCGCUUGGAUCUCCUUAAGGAUCACGUGGCCGUCCAUGUCAAUGAUGGCUAUUUCACCUGCCCCACCUGCAAGAAACGCUUCCCAGAUUUUAUCCAGGUCAAGAAACAUGUGCGCAGUUUCCAUUCUGAGAAGAUUUACCAGUGUACAGAGUGUGACAAGGCUUUCUGCCGCCCCGACAAGCUGCGACUCCACAUGCUGCGGCACUCGGACCGCAAAGACUUCCUGUGCUCCACCUGUGGCAAGCAGUUUAAGAGGAAGGACAAGCUGCGAGAGCACAUGCAGAGGAUGCACAACCCAGAGAGGGAGGCCAAGAAGGCUGAUCGGAUCAGCCGCUCCAAAACCUUCAAGCCCCGGAUUGCAUCCACUGACUAUGAGAGCUUCAUGUUCAAGUGCCGCCUCUGCAUGAUGGGUUUCCGCCGCAGGGGCAUGUUGGUGAAUCAUUUAUCAAAGAGACAUCCAGACAUGAAAAUAGAAGAGGUGCCAGAGCUCACGUUGCCCAUCAUAAAACCCAACAGAGAUUACUUCUGUCAAUACUGCGAUAAGGUGUACAAGAGUGCCAGCAAACGCAAAGCACACAUCCUGAAAAACCAUCCUGGUGCUGAGCUACCUCCAAGCAUCCGGAAACUGCGUCCUGCAGGACCGGGAGAGCCAGAUCCUAUGCUAAGCACCCACACACAGCUGACAGGCACCAUUGCCACCCCUCCAGUGUGCUGCCCUCACUGUUCCAAGCAAUACAGCAGUAAGACAAAGAUGGUGCAGCACAUCCGCAAGAAGCACCCAGAGUUUGCUCAGCUCCCAAACACGAUCCAUGCACCGCUGGCGACGGCCGUCAUCAGUUCCACACCAGCUGUUCUCACCACGGACAGCACGACUGGAGAAACUGUUGUGACAACAGAUUUACUGACCCAAGCAAUGACAGAGAUAUCGCAGACCCUCACUACAGAUUACCGGACUCCCCAGGGAGAUUACCAGCGCAUCCAGUACAUCCCUGUGUCUCAGUCCACAACGGGCUUGCAGCAGCCUCAGCACAUACAGCUGCAGGUUGUUCAAGUGGCCCAGGCUACCUCACCUCACCAGUCUCACCAGUCCCAGCACUCCACAGUGGAUGUUGGGCAGCUCCAUGACCCCCAGACAUACACUCAACAUGCCAUCCAGGUGCAGCACAUCCAGGUCACAGAGCCAUCACCAGCACCUCAGUCAUCAUCACAGGCUGGGGGUCAGCCUUUGAGUCCCUCCGCGCAACAACCUCAGCAGGAGCUCAGCCCUUCACAGAUACAGACAACUACAUCGACACCAAACCAAGCCCUCCAGCAGCAGCAAGGCUCCUCAGUCCAGCACACAUAUCUCCCCAGCAACUGGAACUCAUUCCGGAGCUACUCAUCAGAAAUUCAGAUGAUGACCAUCCCCCAAGGGCAGUAUGUGAUCACAGAGGCUGCUGUGGGUACCCCAGUCACCACUGUCAACACAGGGCAAGUAAAAGCAGUUACUCAGACUCACUACGUGAUAUCUGAAGGUCAGCCUGAUCUGGAUGGUAAACAAAACUCUUCACUCUCCAGUGAGGUUCAGGUGGGCAUUUCCCAGCCCACAGCCCACACAGAUCCCUUGGAAUCCCAGACGAGCAACCAGCAGCAAACCACCCAGUACAUCAUCACAACCACCACCAACGGGAGUGGCGGGAGUGAAGUGCACAUCUCCAAAACCAGGACUUUCUCAGCAGAGCAUGAGUGAAAGGGCCUCAUGGUGCCAUUUGCUUGUCCUUGUCACCUCCCUGACAGCCCAGAUGUGGGGGUACCCUGGGGCUCUGUAUGUUUUAAUGUAUAUGCUCACUUACCUUCUACUAAAAUCUUGGAGCUCUUGUUAAUGCUUUAAGAGGGUUUAAUUCACAGUGACCAUGAAAUACCCUCAGAAUCCUUCUGGGAUGCUUUUUAUGCAGCUUUUAAGAAAAAGGACAAGAGAAGUGAAACCUCUGCUGGCCCUGGACUUUAUUUUUGGCAUGUCUGCUGACCCUUAUUUUUCCUUUUUGGAAGUGUGUCCAGCAAACAAUAUUAUUUCAGCUGUAUGGCAGAAAGCCCACCUAACUGAAGGCUUCCUGGCAGAUUGUUGUAUGUAUAUUUUUAACAGGAGCCAUUAAAGAGGAGAGCAUCAUGUAAGUUGUUAGAAUAUGGCAGAACUGCUUCCUGUGGCUUCUAGCAGCCAAGGUGAAGGGGAGUGUCCCUGGGCCAUAUGAGCAGACUGCCUGCAGGAAGGAGCAGCAGCAGCCAAGCGGUGGUUCGUGGUGUCCCUUUAUGGGGAUGGAUUGAACAAUGAAGCUGUGAAGAUGUGCCGAAGCAGUCCAUUAAAUUAUUAUUUUUCCAGCCCUCCAGAACUGUUUACGUGCUGUCUGCCCUGCCCUGUUUUACCCAGCAGUUUCAGAAAGCAAGAAAAGCGCAGUCUUAAACCCAUGUUGUUUGGAACAAACUGACUGAAGUCCUAGGAGCACCUAAGGGUAGUACAGAGCCACUGUUACUUCUUUUCCCUCCAGUGUUUGCAGGGAAAAUUGCUUUUUUGCCUAAAAACAAAAACAAAAAAACAAAACAAAAAAAAGCAAGCAGCUCAGCUAAACCUGCACAGUAGCUUCUGCUGUGAUCUAAGAUAGUUGUACAAGGAGAAAAUGAGGAUACAGAGCACUCCUCUGAAGGGACAGGGUCGCUAUCUCUGUGGCCACCUCAAAGUAAACAUAUUUCACCUCUUCAAGACUGGAUGGAGAGUUGGUUUCUUUUUUUUUUUUUUUUCCAAAUAACCUUGUUAACAAUGUACUGUAAUUCCUUUCGACAGUUCCAGAAAACAACCAACCAUGGACUUGGGAAACAUACAAGAAACAUGCUAGAGGACCACUGUUUAUGGGACAUGGAAAGCCAUCCAUGAGGGUUGCCAGAUGUGAUGAACCUGGUCUACAUACAGAAUUCAUGUUGCAUUUAGGGACCAGGAGAAAGGGAAAGAGAAGGUUUAUCUUUUAAGGCCAUGUAAUAUGUUUUUCCUUACAUAGUUCUUCACAGGUUGUCUUGGUUGUUUAAGGCAUUCUGGUGGUUGCAAAAACAUGACUACAACUCCAUUGACUCCUGGUGGGAUAUACUGUGUAUGUCUGAAUUUACAUUCUUUGCUGGAAAACUCAUCUGUGCAUAUCAGGAUACAUUUAUUUAUGAAACAGACACAAAGAAGGAUGCUGUCUCUUAGAGGUCCUUGAGACAGAAGAACUUGAGAAGUUUUUUUUUAUUUGUUUUCUCUUGUACUGCACUGAGUGUGAUUAUGGGACUCUUCCAUAGAUAUUCCCAUGGAUUCAGAUGUGAAUUACCCACAUCAGUAAGCACUACACAUUGUGGUAUCAGGUUUUAUGGAGUUAAAGCUCUUUGGCAUGAGGGAACUCCACACUCAGGCUGCACAAGAGCAAAUCUGGUUCCUUGUGGGCAAAGCCUUUUAGCAGGCAUGGCUUUCAUAAUUAAUGUGUCUGUUAAUGUGGCAUGGAAAUAGUAUUGAGAUAAAUCAGUUGGCCAGUACUGGCCAGCUGAGAAGUGACUUGCCAAAAUGUGGGUUACUUUUUUUCCUAGGAUUUCUCUUCUCUUGCUGUACCACCAUACUGAGGCACUAGUGAGCAGGGUAGAAUUGACAUGAACCAGAGCUCCCAUUUGGUCAAGUGCAGUGAGUGAGUGACCUUACGUUCUGUGGAUUUGGCAGCCCAGCCACUGUGGCAAUGUGGAGAAACAACCACAAUGCCCAGUAACUUGAAUUCAUGUUGCUGAGGACUUUGGAAUUACAAUGUUGAGUCUUGCAAUGUUGUUUAUGUGGGAAGAGAGUAGGGAGAAUUUUGUCAUAGCUUUUUUCAGGCUGCUGCUAAUUUAGUAACAAGCCAGAAAUGCUACAAGUAGUAGGAAAAUAGCAGACUUGGAAAUGGAAGACUGGGAUACUAGAGGACUGUGGGAGCAAUUUUAAGAAUCUUAAAAGUUUGACAAUAGACAAACAUCAGAUAUGUUCCCAUUAUUGAUCUUGCACAUGUGGGGUUUAAAAACUACUUUGCUCUAUUCACCUUUGUUGGAAUGGUCCAUGAAUGAGGACAGUUUUACCAGUUAUUUAAAAGUGAAAGCUAUUUAAAACAGAAAACCAUUUUAAAACAGCCUUUUUGAACUCAAAUCUUUCCUCAUCAAAGUUUCUCUGCCCUGCAGCAGCACCCUCCGGCCUAUUGGCCUGACUCCAGGUGAAGUAAUUCCUAGUGUCACGAGUUGAAUGAAUUGCCUGUGAAAGAAGCAAGUCUGGAAAUGGAAGUACCACAGAAUUUCUUUCCAAAAUAAGGAACUACAGUGAUUGCACAGAUGGCAAAGGUUGCACGGAUUUUUUUUCUCCAUUUCUGCAGUGCAGAAGGAAUGGGAUGUAUUAUUAUUGUUUGUAAACCAGAGCAACCCAAAGAUCUCUCUAAGUUGUAUCCCACAGAAGUGUAAAUCCAGAGUCCUCUCAGUUGCCUGGAAGGUCUGUGUUUUGUUUGGAGAUGCUGUCCCUUGGAGGCAUUCUGGGUCAGAUUCUGUAUUUUCCUGGAGGAAAAAGAAAACAAUCCCAGCCUGCGCACCCUGAUCUUGCACCUCUUGGACUGCUCAGGCCCCAUCUCUUAUUUAACUGUGUAUGUUUAUUGUACAUUUGGUGACUGUUGUUGUGUUCAGAGUCUUGUGCAGCCUGGCAGGUAUAAAAAAAAAACAAACCAAACCAACCUGAAAAUAAUAAAUGUUUCUCUUUUUUUUUUUUAA